AUGUCCGGAUAUGAUCGAGCUCUUUCAGUAUUCAGCCCCGACGGGCACGUCUUCCAGGUUGAAUACGCCAUGGAAGCCGUCAAGAGAGGAACCUGCGCCGUCGGCGUAAAAGGCAAAGACGUCGUCGUCAUCGGCUGCGAAAAACGCUCCGCCCUCAAACUCCAAGACACCCGCAUCACGCCCUCCAAAAUCGCCGUCCUCGACCACCACGUCACCCUGGCCUUCGCCGGCCUCAACGCCGACGCCCGUAUCCUCAUCGACAAAGCCCGCCUCGAAGCCCAGUCGCACCGUCUGACCGUCGAGGACCCCGUUAGUGUGGAGUAUAUUACGAAGCAUAUUGCGAGUGUGCAGCAGCGGUAUACGCAGAGUGGGGGUGUUAGGCCUUUUGGGAUUAGUACAUUGCUUGCUGGGUUUGAUCCGAACGAUGAAGUGCCGAGGUUGUAUUUGACGGAGCCGUCGGGGAUCUAUUCUGCUUGGAAAGCAAACGCCAUCGGCCGCUCGAGCAAGACCGUCCGCGAAUUCCUCGAACGCAACCACGUCGAAGACAUGGACCGCGAGCAAACCAUCGCCCUUACCAUCAAGUCGCUGCUGGAAGUCGUGCAGACGGGCGCCAAGAACAUCGAGGUGGCUAUCAUGUCCGCCGGCAAGACAAUCGAGAUGCUCCCCGAUGACCAGAUCGAGACGUACGUUAAGAACAUAGAGACGGAGAAGCAGGAGGAGGCGGCGAAGAAGAAGACAGGUCGGACGGGUACUACUACGGCUGCUAUUCUGACGCGGCCUGGUGGUGGGGAGACGGGGGAGUCGAGUCGGUCUGCUGAGUAG